AUGCUUGUGAAUAGUUUUUUCGUUUGUUUCUUUACUAUACCAUGGUUUGUACUUGGUCAGUUACCAUAUCAACACUCCGGUCAAUAUGGUCCGCCCGUUAAUAAUGAUAUGUAUCAACAACAGAUACAGCAAUCUCAACUUGCAAUGCAACAACAACAACAACAGCAGCAGCCGUCGAAUCAACAGCAGCAACAGCAGUCGAAUCAACAACAGCAACAUCAACAACAACAACAACCACAGUUAUCGAUGCAUCAGCAGCAGCCACAGCUACCAAUACAACAACCCUAUCAAAUGUCCCAGCAAGAACAACAGCAACAACUCUAUCAGAUGUCUCAACAAGAUCAUCAACAACAACUUCCAAUGCAUCAACAACAGCCAUACUACCAAGGAACUAUGCAAGGCUCUUCGAAUCAAUUCCUUCAAGGUAUGCAACUGCCUCCACUUGCUAAUCAAUUUCAACAGCCGACCCAAGAUCAUCCAGCAGCCCAAGGACUUUCGCCUCCUAUGGGACCAAGUGAACGUUAUUUAGUUGGAAAUUUAUCCGAAUCAUUCUCAUUUCAAGUUGCACCACCUUCAGUUAAAGUUGCUCAUUUAAGUUUAAAUGGUUAUUCGCUAUUCAUCAUCGGCGUGGGCUUUUCAAAUCGAUCGAAAUUCAACUACGACGAAGAAACUAAUCGCUUGACUGUUCUCACACUUGAUCACACAACUGUAGGUUAUUAUACCGCGGUUGACAGGAACUGGCAAACAUUUGUAAAUAUUCUUAGUGCUAUAAAUGUUUCAUCUCUGGUGAUCCGAAAUUCACAUGUUAGUGAAGAUAAUAAUGGCUCAGCACUUAUCUCUUGUUCAGUAUCAAUUAUUCGUUCAAGGUUUAAAUUAACUGAACCUCCAGCAUCGUCAAAUAAUCUUGUCAAUGCGCUUCCGUCAUCUUUACCAUUACAACCAAAACCAUCGUCAAAUCUAGCAGGAACAGAAAAUUUACCACGACUAGAUUUAUUUCUAUCGACACGUACACCGCUAACAUCAUCAUUUCCCGAUACAAAAAUAUACAAUGAUUCAUUGAACGAGCAAGAUCUUACGCGAACGAUCAUUCUUCGACGUCCAUUAACACGUGCUGAUCACAAUGGAACAGUUCAAUGUCAAGUAGAAUCAAACAACAAUGUUGAUGUUUACCUUAUUAAAACAGUUCCAAUCGAUAUCGAUUAUGGACCAAAUUUAGAAGCCGGUGCUUUACCAAUUGUCACAUUAGAUAGUGAAGCAUUAAAAAUGAUUGCUAUAGAAUGUCAGAUAGAAGCCAAUCCAGCUCCGUCCUAUGUUUGGUACGAAAUGCCAACGAAUGUGUCGACAGGCAUGAUGCCAUACUAUGGUAAUCAAAUGCCUUAUGGCCAAAAUCAGUAUCCACUGCAACCACAAGGACAUAUUCCACCAGCAGGUUCCAAUGUAUUUGGCACAACAAGACAAAUACAACGAAUUUUUCAAAAUCCAGGUCCGCAUGCAAUGCAAUGUCAAGCACAAUCUGGAGGAAAGACUAUUAAACAACAGUUCAAUAUUAUGGUUCAUCCUUCAUCCAAUGAAAUGAAGGCAGGUUCAAAUGGAGAUGGAACUCAAGGAAAAUCUUACAAAGUACCAAUGAUUAUUGGAUUGAGUAUUGGCGGUAUUUUACUCCUUCUUCUUAUUGCAAUCGUGAUUGCUGCUGUUAUCUUCUUGAAACGUCGCAAAGCAGGCGAUAUUGAACAACGUGGGUCGAGUGCUGAAAAAAUAUCCGAUAAUAAACUUGGAGGAAAUGCUUGGAAUCAACGUGCUCUUCCACCAAAUGAUCAAGCAAAAAAAUACAAACAUGACGUGUUAAAAGGCGAUUCGUCUUCCACAUCACAUCUCGUCGAAUCUGCUGAAAACGAUAGUAAUCAUCCUCCACCAAUACCAAGUCGUCCAUCACCAAUGUUAAGUACACAUUCAUCCUAUCGUCAGCAAACCGUGCCAAUCACUCUCUCCUAUCAACAAGCAUCAACUCUUAAUGGUAAUCGUCCACCACCACCAUUACGUUCUUAUUCGCCCGAACAAGACGACGGAGAGGAAAUUGAAAUUAGUGUUCAUGCUAUGCCUCUAGCAACAAACCGUUCUCGAACAACAACACCAUUUGGUUCACGCAAAUCGCUCACCGAAUCAAUACAAUCAUUACGAUCAAAUCAACAGUCUGCUCUCUCAUUACCUGUUAAAAAACGUCCUCAAGACCCUCCACCUUUACCUGCGCCAAUGGUGCCAAAACGUGAUCAACGAACACCUUCGCCAAAAUCCUUCGAAGGAAAGAAGGAUUAUCAAUAUCAUCAUUAUCAUAAUCCAACACAAUUACGAACGCAACAAAAACGAACACCACCGACAACAACAAUUCCACCUAAAGAUGGUUCAUCUGACGAGGAAAUGGAACAAUUAAAUUCUGCUACAGAAGAUGCAGCUCUUCUUCAGAAGAAAUUUAAAUUUCGUGUGGCCGCGCCUCCGCCAUCAUCGAAACACAAUCAAGCUGAACCACAACACGGACGACGUAUGAUUACACCGCCACCUCCUCAAAAAAUUGUUGUUCAUCAACUAAGUGGAAUGCAUCAGGAUGAAGCACCACCGGCAUAUCAUCAAAUAUCUAAACCAUCAGCACCGGCGACUGCCUUUGCAUAUCAAGAGCCAACGGAAGUUUAA